CCAACUUGUCCGCCUACUUCUGCUUUGGACCAUUCACUACUUAUGUAAAGGUAAAGGCUUGCACCGAGAAUCAAUUGCACGAGACCCGUGAGACACUUGCUCAUACAAUGACCACCCGCGUCUGGCCUAGAUGAAGGCGCAGGCGAAUUCAACCACAAAUCCCGUUGCACAACAAUGCCGGUCCAGUCGAAGGAGGACCCGUUGAUGGUCCUCUACCACUACUAUACUACUCUCCUUCGCUCUCGGAUCAAGCGGACACCCCGAUCCGUCAGACUCGCGGCUACCGCUGCCCUCCUCAUCUCGAUUCUCUCGAGCAGUUAUGGCGGCUACAAAUGGUGGCAGGAAAGAUCAAAAGAGAAGGCUCAAGGACAAAGACUGGUCAGGAGAAACAGUGGUCUUAGAGGCAAAGGCGGCGAGCGCAUCAUCUAUGUCCCAAAAGGGAACACUACCUCCAAAGUCAUCAUCCAUCCCACUCGUCCGACCACCUUCGACGCGCAUCGGCGGCUGUUCCUCACUCCGCCACGGGUCACACGAAUUGGCAGUGGUGCUUCUACUCCAGCCUACGGCCAUGGACCGCCUCCUCAGACAAAGCCGGGUCUCAACCUGGCUUUCUUGCAUCAAUUCCUGAGUCUGUUGAAUAUAAUGAUACCCCGAUUUCGAAGCAAAGAGACCGCAUUAUUGGUGAGCCAUGGAGUCUUUCUUGUUCUCCGAACCUACCUGUCGUUGGUGGUUGCAAGGCUAGACGGAGCCAUUGUGCGAGACCUAGUGGCAGGCCAGGGCAAGUCGUUCAUGUUGGGAAUACUAAGAUGGCUGUCUGUCGGCACCUUGGCUUCUUACACAAACGCCAUGAUCAAAUUCCUGCAGUCCAAGAUCUCAAUUGCUUUCCGGACAAGACUAACAAGAUACAUUCACGACUUGUACCUGAAUUCGAAUCUCAACUACUAUAAACUGACCAAUCUAGACGGCGGAGUCGGUCAGGGCGCAGACCAAUUCAUCACCCAAGAUCUCACCUUGUUCUGUACAUCAGCAGCAUCACUGUAUUCAUCAUUAGGCAAGCCCCUCGUCGACAUAUUUGUUUUCAACUACCAGCUAUACCGGUCCCUUGGUCCCUUGGCCCUCACCGGACUUUUGUCUAAUUAUUUCGCAACCGCAACACUUCUCCGCAGACUGUCUCCGCCCUUCGGAAAAUUGAAGGCUGUCGAGGGUAAGAAGGAGGGCGAUUUCCGUGGUCUACAUGCUCGGUUGAUCGCAAACGCCGAGGAAAUCGCUUUCUACGGGGGCGCUGAUGUUGAGAAGGUCUAUUUGAAUAGAUCCUUCAGAGAACUCCGAAGCUGGAUGGAAGGAAUAUACAACGUCAAAGUCCGGUAUAACAUGCUCGAAGACUUUAUUCUGAAAUAUUCCUGGUCUGCUUUUGGGUACAUCAUCACUUCCAUCCCAGUAUAUCUCCCUGCAUGGGCAGGCUUGAAUUACCUGCUUGAGUCAUCGGUUUCUGCUGCUGGCGCCGAGAUUUCGGAGUCCUCACGAGAGAGGUCUCACAUGAAAGACUUCAUCACGAACAAGAGACUGAUGCUCUCCCUAGCGGACGCCGGUGGGAGGAUGAUGUACAGCAUCAAGGACCUAUCUGAGCUGGCUGGCUACACUUCUAGAGUGUACCAACUCAUCUCGACCCUUCACCGUGUCCAUGCAAACGCUUACGGUCAAAACCACCGGCGGCAUUCCGGCAGGAUCGAGCUGUACUCUAUGGCUGAUGUUCAAGGGACCGUCUACGCAGGGUUCGAUGGUGUUCGUCUUGAGGACGUUCCCAUUGUCGCUCCAGCACUUUACCCGUAUGGCGGCGACGAGCUGAUUGAAUCGCUGUCUUUUGUGGUACACAGCGGCGAGCAUCUUCUCAUCUCAGGCAGCAACGGCGUGGGUAAGUCUGCUAUUGCCAGGAUUGUCGCCGGUCUGUGGCCUGUCUUCCGUGGUCUCGUCUCCCGUCCUCGCAACACUGGUCAGGAUGGAAUAAUGUUCAUUCCUCAACGGCCCUAUCUCAGCGUGGGCACGUUGCGGGACCAAGUCAUCUAUCCUCACACAGAGAUCGACAUGCGCGAGCAUGAACGUCGGGACAGUGAGCUGGAGAGGAUACUGGAGGAAGCCAAACUUGGUCAUUUGCUUGCACGCGAAGGUGGCUGGGACACGAGAAAGGAGUGGAAAGACGUGCUUUCCGGCGGAGAGAAGCAACGAAUGGCCUUUGCCCGGCUCUUUUACCAUGAGCCCAAGUAUGCAUUCCUGGACGAGGGCACUAGUGCAGUCUCGUCGGACGUGGAGGGGCUGCUGUACGAGCGGUGCAAAGACAGAGGCAUUACGCUCCUCACUCUCUCUACACGUGCCAGUCUGCGGAAAUACCAUAAGUCGAAUCUGAUACUCGGCUUGGGCGAUGAAGGAUACGAUUGGGAACUCGUCAAGAUCGGCACUGACGCCGAGAAAUUCAGUCUGGACAAGGAGAUCAACGAGCUGAGGGAGAAGCUUGCCAUGGUGCCUGAGUGGGAGAAGAGGAAGAAAGCGAUCGACGAGGAACUCAGUCAUGUCCAGGUUGUUGAUGAAGAAGGAGCAGGAUCAGCCAAGCUGGAGAAACCCAGUUAUGUGGCCCAUGAGGAAGAGGAUGGUCAGUAUGGCCAGGAGUAAGCAGACUUGGCCGUGCCCGCCAUGGCACAUGGCCGAUCAAUAUACCACCCUUUUCUUGCGAUCGGUCUUAAAGUCCCCUACUUCGCCGUUUUCUCUGUUCUACUGGGUCCUUGCUUCUGGUAUGAUCGCGCUCACGAUUUAGCCAGCCUACAGUUCUUCAACAAGCAAAGUCGCCCUCUUUCCUU